GUUCCAUUCGAAUACGAAGGUGUGACUGUCACGUAGUUAAUCCACAGGAGUGGGUUCUCUGGUGAGGGGAGUACCUUUGUGACUACCACUUGUGUGUUACCCUUGUUUGGGUGUGGUAGUUCACUGAAGAUAAGCACCCCUGUGGCAAAUCACUGUUGGAGUUAUUUCAUAUGUCAUGGAACUGGAUAAGUGGCUAUCACGUUGUGUUUUGGGGUAACCUUGUGGAAUCUGCCGGUGUAUGGACCCUUCCCUGGGUGUUGGUUCCUUUGAAGAGGGUCCCCUUAGUGAUAGACUACUGUUGGUGAUAAUCCAUAUGUGGAUUCUGUUUGAGUAUCCUGUGGCCACCACUUUGAGAUGUCCCGUAGCUGAAUUUGGGUGUGGUACCACUUGUGUUGAAAGGAUAUUCAUUGGAGAUCACUGUCGGUGAUACUUCGUGGGUGGAGUGGAACAACUUCGGAAAUAAAUCCUACUGCUAUUGUUAUUUUGUAUUGCUGUCGUGGGAUCUGUGGAAUAUCGACGUAAUUGCCUUCUCACAACAUUCGCCUUUGGAUUACAAACAUCUCGCAUUAAUUAACCUGUGCAUCUGAACUGAACUUUUCUUACCUACCAUUGUAAGACCGUAUCAAUUACCACCUAAGCUUGAAGAAGUUUGGCUUUUAUAUUUACACACCUGUAUAUGCAUAAACUUUGCUAACCUGUUUGAUUUAUCUGGUUAUAUAUUACUGUAUUGCGUAGUUACUAAUAAAAUAGAAUUAGUUAACAGCAAUGCAAGACUCCAGGUGUGUUCCAUUUCUGCUGGUUCUUUAACUCAUUAUGGGGUAUGUAACAAAAUUGGAGGCACCGCCGGGAUCUCCUGUUUACCAGCUGAUUCUUUAAAUUUCAAUUUCAGUGGGGAAGAUCCCUUCUGAUUUGGUUGUGUGCAAAAACAGCAGAAAUGGAGGUUAGGGAGGAGAUCCAGUUACAACUAGAACAAAUGAAGUUAGACAUACUUAAACUGGAGAAUGAGAAAGAGCAAAGACAUCAUGAGUUGCAACUAAAACGACUCGAGGCUCGGGAGGCAUAAAAACAAAGAGAAGAGGCAGAGAAACAGAGAGAGUUUGAGAGGCAGAAAUUUAUGUACUUCAAUCGUGGGUGUACCUCAGAAGGAGUAACUGAAGUUCUUAAUGGCUUGAAAGAGCUGGUUGUGAUGCAGAAGUUCAAGAAGUGUGUUCCAGAUGAUGUAAGGGCAUGUCUAGAUGAAAAGGAUGCCGCUACCUUGCGGGAGUCAGCUAGACUAGCAGACGAGGUUGUUUUAACCCAUAAGGUUGAGUUUACUCUGGAUGAGAGUUUCCCAGAGAGUAGCUGGGAGGAUCGGGGUAAGCUGGAAUUUGAAACUGGGACUAGUGAUGAAGGCCUAGAAGAGGCAGCUGUCCCGAUUGCCUGUGUUCAGGUUGUUGAAGCACCUGUGAAUUCACAGGGUACUGAACCUUGUGUUGAAACUCAGUUAAGGUCUGAGCGUCUGACUUGGUUGAAAGCGAAUGCAGUCCUUUUGUGUCAGAUGGACUUGGUUCAGUGAAUAAGGGGUUAACCUUGGUACCAGUGGAAAUUGAGGAUUCUCAGUCACUUGUGUUAGUUGGUGAUGAGAUGAAAAUUGGUGAGGUAAAUGUUAUUGAUGGUAUUGGGAAAGGUGUUGAUUCUGAACCUUUGAAUAAGGUAAAUUUGAAGUCUGGAUUGGUUUCAAGACCUUUAACUUUGCUGAGAGAAACAGCUGUCUCAGAUGCUGAGACAGUACAUGUUGAUUUGUUUAACUAUAUUUUGGAAUUUAAAGAUAAACAACGUGGACUUGUUUACCAAGUUUGUGGUGUGGACAGACAAAACUUGAAGUGUUGUUUUGACCAGGAGGGACCAUCUUCAGGUGUUAUUAUGGAAACAUAUAGAUCUAAAGAUCUUGGAGAUAAAAUUAAUGACUUGUUUGGGAUAAAGGACUUGUUUGGAAAUUCAGCAAAUGGGCUUAGUUUGGAAAACAUUGGUGAUAAACUAGCACCUGUCCAGAGUAAAUUUCAGGCAGUUAUCCGAGCUGAUAAGCAAGUUGAUCACGUGAUGACUAAGUGUUCUGUUUAGAAGUGGACAAAGGGACAAUGAAUGAUCAAACGCCAUUUUGAAUAUAACAGGAUCUGGUAUUGCAGGAAUUUGACCUUUUUGUAACAAAGCAUGUGAACGUCUGAAUACAAUUCAGAGGAGGUGAAGCAAUUGCGGACAGAUCUCGAAAGAGGGAAGCGGAAGCUUGAAGGAGACCUGAAGAUGACCAUUGACAGCCUAAAUGAAAUGGAAAAGCUGAAAGUUGACCUGGAAGAAGUCAUUAAGAAGAAAGAGCUGGAGAUCAGUUCAGUGAACACUAAACUGGAAGAUGAACAAUCUUUAACUGCUACUCUUCAGAGGAAGAUUAAGGAAUAUCAGGCCCGGGUUGAGGAACUGGAGGAGGAGUUGGAUGCAGAACGAGCGAUGAGAGCCAAGGUCGAGAAACAGCGAGCUGAUCUCACCAGGGAACUAGAAGACCUUACUGAUAGAUUGGAAGAAGCUGGUGGAGUAACUGCGUCCCAGAUUGAGAUGAACAAGAAGCGUGAGUCAGAACUGCUGCGGCUGCGGCGAGAGUUGGAGGAGGCCACGCUGCAGUCGGAGACUACAGCCGCAGCGCUUCGCAAGAAGCACGGGGACACUGUGGUGGAAAUAACCGAGCAGUACGAGAACCUGCAGAGGCUGCGUGUGAAAACAGAGAAAGAAAAGCAAAGUAUGAAGCUAGAACUAGACAACAUGAGCCUUACUAUUGAUGGCCUUCAAAAAAGCAAGGUGGCUAGUGAUGCACAGAUUCGAAAGCUCGAAGAUUUACUGUCGGAAGCCACUUCCCGAAAUGAGGAUUUGCAGCGUUCUCUCACUGAGCAGAGUCUUGGCAAAACACGGCUGACAGCUGAAAAUAAUGAUUUGACUCGCCAACUAGAAGAGGCGGAGAACAAAAUAGGUCAACUGAACAGGACAAAAGUCAUCCUGACAUCACAAGUUGAAGACUUGAAAAAGCAGAUUGAUGAAGAAUCAAAGUUGAAGAGCACGAUGGCCGCAAGCCUCUCAAGUGUCAAGCAGGACAACGAGCUGCUGAAGGAGCAAGUUGAGGAGGAGCAGGAGAGUAAGUCCGAACUGCAGAGGCUCAUUUCCAAACUGAACAGUGAGGUCACCCAUUGGCGGACUCGCUAUGAAACUGAUGCCAUUCAGAGAACUGAUGAGCUUGAGGAGUCCAAGAAGAAGCUGACGUCUCGAUUACAGGAGGCUGAAGAGGCUGCAGAAGCAGCCCAGGCCAAGUGCUCCAGCCUGGAGAAAACCAAACAGCGGCUACAAAUCGAGGUAGAGGAGCUGGGCAUUGACCUGGAGAAGGCGAAUGCAGCAGGUACAACCCUGGACAAGAAGCAACGAAUGAUUGAGAAGCAGAUUUCAGACUGGCGUCAGAAGUGUGAGGAGAUUCAGACGGAGCUAGAAUCCUCGCAGAAAGAGUGUCGGCAAUACGCCACCGAGCUCUUCAAACUGAAGACUUCCUAUGAAGAGCUGAUCGAACAGCUGGACUCCAUUAAGCGGGAGAACAAAACACUUCAAGAAGAGAUUACCGACUUGACAGACCAGCUGGGCGAGGGAGGGAAGAGUGUCCAUGAGCUGCAGAAAUCCAAGAAGAAACUAGAGAUGGAAAAAGAGGAGCUGCAGGCAACUCUCGAGGAGUCAGAGGCAGCACUAGAGGCUGAAGAGAACAAGGUGGUGCGACUGCAGCUCGAGCUGACACAAGUUAAAGCGGAGGUUGAUCGGAGGAUCCAGGAAAAGGAAGAGGAAUUCGAGGCCACAAGGAAAAACCAUCAGCGGAGUCUAGAUUCGCUGCAGGCCAGUCUUGACGCAGAGGUGAAAGGUCGGGCCGAGGCACUGAGGGUAAGGAAGAAGCUCGAGAGUGAUCUGAAUGAGCUGGAGGUUCAACUGGACCAAGGCAACAAGAACAACAGCGAACUUCUGAAGCUGCUGAAGAAACUGCAGCAACAAGUGAAGGACAUGCAGAGCCAGCUGGAGGAGGACGCCCGGCAGCACGAGGAGCUGAAAGAGCAGCACGCGGUGACGGAGCGACGCUCUGGCGCACUCUCGGCGGAGCUGGAGGAGACCCGCAGCGCCCUGGACCUGAGCGAGCGCAGCCGCAGGCUCCUGGAGCAGGAGCUGAUGGAAAUAACAGAAAAACACAAUGAAAUCAACAUGCAGUUCCAAGGAAUCGCCGUCAUCAAACGCAAGCUGGAAGUGGAGCUCCAGCAGCUGAUGACUGAGCAUGAGGAGCUGACCAACGAGUUCAGAGGCUCGGACGAGAAGGCGAAGAAGGCUGUGUGUGAGGUGGUCAGGCUGUCUGAGGAGCUGCACCAUGAACAGGACCACGCCCUGCAUCUGGAACGGGUGAGGAAGGGCCUGGAGGUGCAGGUCAGGGACCUGAACAGCAAACUGGAGGAAGCUGAACAGCUGGCACUGAAGGGAGGGAAGAAGAUCAUCCAGAAACUGGAAGGACGGGUGAAGGAGCUGGAAGUGGAGUUGGACGCAGAGCAGAAGCGUCACGCAGAGACCGUGAAGACCCUGCGCAAGAACGAGCGGCGACUGAAGGAGCUGGUGUUCCAGGCUGAGGAGGACCAGAAGAACCAGCACCGCAUGCAGGAGCUGGUUGAGAGGCUUCAGAGCAAGUUAAAGGCCUACAAGAGGCAGGUGGAGGAGGCGGAAGAACAGGCCAACAUGAAUCUGGCAAAGUACAGGAAGACGGUCCACGAGUUGGAUGAUGCCGAGGAGCGUGCUGAUAUCGCAGAGGCAGCGCUCACCAAGAUCCGCACCAAGAACCGGGCCAGCUUUGGCAAAGGCUACUCCUCGGGUUACAACUCUCCGUUCGCCACCCUUGUCAGGUCCCCUAGCUCGGCUGGGUCGGAAGGAAGAGGAGAGAAGAUGCUGAAUGAUGAUGAUUCUACCUCUCUCAUUCCUACUUACCUGAAUUCCCUUAAGAAGCUGAUUAUUGAAUAAUUCGCCAAAGAGGGCCCCUCUCAUGCACUAACUAGAGUGGAUGGGGAAAGACAUUUACCACUGGAGCGACGUGCAACACAAAUGGUACCGGCAUCUCCAUGUCUCUGCUGUGUGUAGGAGCUGACAGUAUCUAUGGAGAGUCAGACUGGGGGUAGGAGCAUCAAAGUAAUACUCAACCAACAGCAUUUCAACAGGAUCUAAAAAAUAUCUGUCAUAAGUAAUUGCAUGCAUGCGUGGUUUUUAGCGGUUGGGAACAAUGGCUCACAGAUGCAAAGAAAGCCGCAACUGAGAUGGUCCUCUGAUUGAAUUGUUUGCAAACAAUUGAACGUGGAGUAUAAUGAGACAAUAAAACUGUUAAACCCGGUCACUUAUCCCAGAAUCAGAGUGCACUUUGGUGUGUUCUACCCCUGUAGCUCAGUGUCAUCCCUUGCUUCCCAGGUUGUCAGAGAAGCUCCUCCCUCCUGUAGCCUUAAAACUCAGUACAACAGCGUUCCAAUUCAGAUGUUAAAGCCACACUGGAAACAUAUGAAAAUUUAAAAGAGACCCAUUUUUGUAUCACUGAGAAAUUGCAUUAUAUUUAUAUUUUAUAUAUUAUAUAUAUUAUAUAUAUAUUAUGGACGACUUAGUUGAUUUUAUAAUACAGCUUAUAACUCCAUGUUUGCAGAUGAAAAUAUCUAGAUAAUCAUUUAAUCACCUAUAACCUUAGUGUAAUCCAUGGUAACUGUUAAUAUUAUUGUGCAUUUUACAUUGUAAUAAACCACUGUAAUCUUUUGCCUGAACAGUUUUUUUUUGAAGGGGAGCAAGCUCCAGUUAUAGCUGGGAUGUAGAGUUUCUGCAAUGAAUUGACAAUGGCUCCUCACACCAAAUAAAAUAUCCAACCAUUUACUCUUGUCACCUCCACUCUCACUCAAAGGGCAAGUAGUUGGUUUUCAAGACCUUGCCCGUGAGCAGCUGAGGGGAAAGGCCCAAGCUAUCAACCAGUUAUCUUUGGGAUGUUAAAAAUCAGAACAGCGUGACAAAAAAAAGG